AAUAAUUUUAAUAAUGAUAGACUCUCUUAUAAUUUAUCAGAAAUGAUUAUAGAUGAAGCAAAGGUUCAGCACCGCUCUGAAUCACGGGCAAAUACUCCUGAAUUAGGAUCUAAUACUCUUUCUCAGG